AUGGCCAAUCUCAGUCGCGUGCUGGCUCUGUGUGCCGCUGCUGUCACGCUCGCAAGUGCUGCUACCCACUACGAGUACAAGACGAUCGAUGUGGACUACAACUUCGAUGAGAACGAAGACUCUCCACGCAGCGUCAUCAUGAUGAUCCCGGACGGCACGGGUCCUAACAUCUUCACGCUCGCACGCACAGUGCUCGACCCUACUCUCGAGACUCGUCUACACAUUGACCCUCACCUUAUGGGAACGGUGCAAACACACUCGUCUACCAGCUAUAUCACGGACUCCGCGUCGUCUGCGACGGCCUACUCGACGGGUUACAAGACGUACGACUCGGCUAUCGCUGUUGAUACGUACGAACAGCCUUUGGGUACGGUCCUGGAGGCUGCCAAGGCUCGUGGCAUGGUGACUGGUAUGAUCGCUCGUGGCAUGGUGACUGGUAUGAUCGUAACCUGCCGUGUAACCCACGCAACACCGGCAUCAUUUGCUGCGCACGUACUCGACCGGGACUCGGAAGACGAUAUUGCUGCACAGUAUGUUGCUAACAAGAAGCUGGACUUCUUGCUUGGUGGUGGCAAGAAAUAUUUCAAUGACUCGAUGUUCGAAGAUCUGAAGGCGAAUGGUUACACGGUGGCAAACAACUACCAGGACCUACUGGACUACCAGUCCGCCAACGCUGACACGGGUGCACUUCGUUUGUUUGGGCUCUUUAAGGACAGCCACAUGUCGUACGAGGUUGACCGCCUGCGUGAACUUGCUGGAAAUGACACUACGAUACGUGAGCCCAGUCUCCCGGAGAUGGUGGACAUUGUGUUGGGUCUUCUACGCAAGAACGAACAGGCUAAAAAACAUGGAUACUUCGUGAUGAUCGAAGGCUCUCGUGUCGAUCACGCCGGUCACUCGAACGAUCCCGGUACUAUGGCGAAGGAAGCGAUUGCCUUUGACGAGACGGUUGCUGUAGUGUUGGACCACGUGGAACAGACUCCCAACACGGCAAUGCUGUCAGCUGCUGACCACGGUACUGGUGGUCUUACGCUUGGUCGCAGUGGCAUGGAAUAUCCGUAUCCUUGGUAUCCAACCCAAUUGCAGCAGCAAAAUAUGUCGACCGAGGCGAUGCAAGAGCGUCUCGAUGAGAUUCUGGCGAGCGACGAGUGUGCUAUCGAAGCUAACGAAACGUGCAAGGCUGUUCUACUGGAAACGUCCAAGAUGAUGCUGGCUAACUACACCAACGUGACUUCUGUCACAGAUGGUGACGUCGCGAAGCUCGUGACUGAAAUCGCCGCUGCUGUUGACGAGACUCGCGAUCUGUACUUCGUUCUGAUUGAAUUGGGUCACAUUAUUAGUGCGCCUGCCUGGAUUGGCUGGACGACCGUGGGUCACGUUGGAACGGAUGUGAACUUGUAUUGCAAGGGUCCGAUGAUCUUCGAACGCAUGUGCAAGGGUGUGCACGAAAACGUUUACCUGAACAAGCUGAUGACGACGUUCUUGGGUCUGGAACACCAGCAGGAGCUGGAGACGAUGAAGCACCGCAACAUUUCGGUGCUGGAGAAACCGCUCAAUUUUUGA